UAUUAAAGAGAGGAACGUAUUAUAAUCUGGGAUUUUACAUCGUAGGAUCUAGAUUAGUAAACAUAGCAAAUCUCCUUAUAGGCAAUUAUUAAAAUGCGAAUAAGGAAACACGGGAGGAAGAACUUUUUUUUAAUGACACCCUCCAAUACAGCUGGUGGCGGUACCUAUCAGGAAAACAAAACUAUUCCGUAGAAGAAGGAUUUCUGUGCGAUAGCCGUGUCCCUGGAAGACUAUUGGAUAGUUUUAAGAUUGCUGUUUGGUCUGUUUAUGAGCUGACUACAUCCAUUAUUUUACUGCAUCAUCCUCUCCCGCGACGACCAGCGCUUGCAUCGGUCAUGGCGGCGAGUGCAAAGAGAAAACAGGAGGAGAAGCACUUGAAGAUGCUCCGGGAAAUGACUAGCUUGCCUGCCAAUAGGAAAUGCUUUGAUUGCGACCAGCGCGGCCCGACCUACGCCAACAUGACAGUGGGCUCGUUCGUUUGUACCACCUGUUCCGGGAUUCUGCGUGGUAUCAAUCCACCCCACCGUGUGAAGUCAAUCUCUAUGACGACCUUCACACAACAGGAAAUUGAUUUUUUACAGAAACACAGCAAUGAGGUUUGUAAACACAUUUGGCUUGGGCUUUAUGAUGACAGAAGCUCUGCGGUCCCAGACUUCCGUGAACCACAGAAAGUCAAGGAGUUCCUCCAAGAAAAAUAUGAAAAGAAAAGAUGGUAUGUCCCCCCAGAACAGGCAAAAGUGAUUGCGUCCGUUCAAGCCUCCAUCUCUGGGUCCUCUGCCAGCAGCACAAGCAGUACCCCAGAGGUGCAGCCUCUCAGAACCCUGCAUCUGAGCAAGACUCCGUCCAAGCAGUCCCCGGUGAUCAGUCGAGCCCAGCCUCAGUCAGAGAAAAAGUUUGACCUCCUUUCUGACCUUGGUGGAGACAUAUUUGCAGCUCCACCCUCUCAGACAGCAGGCUCCACCAGCUUUGCAAACUUUGCACAUUUCAGCCGGCCCUCAGUGCAAAGUAACUCAAACACAGACUUUGCCAAUUUUGACUCAUUUGGAAAUUCCAGUGGGUCAUCGUCCUCGCAUUUUGGUACCUCACCAUCCUCCCAGCCCUUCACUCACCCCUCUCAUGCAGGUGGAGGUGGAGUGUCCGUGCCCUCACUCUCUAGCAUGGCAUCGGCACCCACUCCCCCCUCCAAAGCAUUCGGGGACCGCUAUGCAGCCCUGGCAGAGCUGGAUAGUGCCCUCAGCUACUCAGCCCCCACAGGAAGUGCUGUUCAGGGGAGUGUGUUUGGAGCGGUGCCAGGAGCCACCCCAUCCCAGCCAACACUACCGGCCAUGCAACAAGGCUUUGUAGCUGCUCCAUCCACAAACCCCUUUGUAGCUGCUGGUAUGGCCCCUGAGCCCGUGUCUACCAACCCCUUCCAAACUAAUGGCAGAGCUUCAGCUCCAGCCUCAUUUGGAGCAGGCUCCAUGAGUAUGCCGGCUGGCUUUGGGAACACCAGCAGUUACUGCCUCCCCACCAGCUACAGUGGGACCUUCCAGCAGGCCUUCCCAGGCCAUGCAGCCUAUGCUCAGCCUUCUGCAUACCACCAACAGCCCAAUGGCGCUGGCUACCCAGUCUAUGGACAGGCCAAACCUCCCAUGACCUCUUUUGGACAGGGGAUUGCAGCCCCUGUCAUGUCCAACAAUCCAUUCAUGGGAGGUGCCCCGGCAGGAUCAUACCCCACAGGAGGUUCUUCCACCAACCCCUUUCUGUGAAGAUCCUGCUGCAAAAGCACUGACGUGACAUCCAAGCACACACACACACACACAGUCCGUGCCACCACAUAAUCGAAACACCAAGAAGCUAAAUCUAUAAAGGCAGGUUUUUAGAUUCACAGCCCUGUGUCUUAUUAAGAAAAAGGAACAAAACCCUGUCAUGCAAGUCCAGAGGAAAGUAUCCCUUUCUCUCUCUUUCUUUUUUUUUUGUGGAGGGGACACCCUUUGAACUCACUGCCAUAUCAUGAAGAUAUACGUAUUUGUUAUGCAGCUUCAAUUCAAGUUGCUUUAUAUACUUAGCAAGUAAGCUCCUACUGCAUAUCAAUUGUUUGCAAUCCUCCUUAAGCACACACUUUGUACAGAUUUAAUUGUGCUCAGAGCAGUGAUAAGGUUAAGAGAAGUGCUUUAAAAGUGGUAGAAUAUAAUGGUUCUAAAUUGGGAACCUCAUUUCAUUUUGUAAGAAUAAAACCCACAUAGCAAAAGCCUUUCAUAUCAACCACUUACUUACUGCCUGAAAAAGGUCAGAAACUAUCAAAAUCUAUUCUCAGCUUGUCAUUGUCAUAAAGCCGUUAGACUAGUAAAAUGAUGGACAGACAAAUGCUCUGAACAAACCAAGAAGAAGCUGAUGGUCUUUUAUAAACUGCUGAUGUCUGUAUCUGGACAAUUAAGGCAGACCUCACAAAUGUUCUCUGUAAUGUUUAACCCUGAAAGCAAUUUUGACUGUACGAAGCGCACUAUUCUGGACGUUAAGUCAGUGUGUACAUAUAUAAAUAUAUGUAUAAAUAUAUUAAAAGAUUUUUAACAACUA